AAUAAUGAAGGUGGCUGCGGCGCGGCGACAGGCUCAGCAGCGCCGGUUGGCGGUGGGGGCGGCGCCGGGGCCGCGCCUGUAGGACCUCGGGGCCGGUGCAGCGGGAUGGGGACCCGGCGCGGGGAGUGAGGUGGCGGCGGCGAGCGGAACUUCAGCCUGAACGGUUCGCCCGCUUCCCCAUCGGGCUCGUCGGCCUCCACCUGCAGCCCCUCGUCCCCCGGGUCCUGCGGGGCUUAGGACGCGACGGCGGAGGCAUGUGGCGCUGGGUCCGGCAGCAGCUGGGUUUUGACCCACCACAUCAAAGUGACACAAGGACUAUUUACAUAGCCAACAGAUUUCCUCUGAAUGGUCUUUAUACACCUCAGAAAUUUAUAGAUAACCGGAUCAUUUCAUCUAAGUAUACUGUGUGGAAUUUUGUUCCAAAAAAUUUAUUUGAACAGUUCAGAAGAGUGGCAAACUUUUAUUUUCUUAUUAUAUUUUUGGUUCAGCUUAUGAUUGAUACACCUACCAGUCCAAUUACCAGCGGGCUUCCAUUAUUCUUUGUGAUAACAGUAACUGCUAUAAAGCAGGGAUAUGAAGAUUGGUUGCGACAUAACUCAGAUAAUGAAGUAAAUGGAGCUCCUGUUUAUGUUGUUCGAAGUGGUGGCCUUGUGAAAACUAGAUCAAAAAAUAUUCGGGUGGGUGAUAUUGUUCGAAUAGCCAAAGAUGAAAUUUUCCCUGCAGAUUUGGUGCUUCUGUCCUCAGAUCGACUUGAUGGUUCAUGUCAUGUUACAACUGCUAGUUUGGAUGGAGAAACUAACCUAAAGACACAUGUGGCAGUUCCAGAAACAGCAGUAUUACAAACAGUUGCCAAUUUGGACACUCUCAUGGCUGUAAUAGAAUGUCAGCAACCAGAAGCAGACUUGUACAGAUUCAUGGGACGAAUGAUAAUAACUCAACAAAUGGAAGAAAUUGUAAGACCCCUGGGGCCAGAGAGUCUUUUACUUCGUGGAGCCAGAUUAAAAAACACAAAAGAAAUUUUUGGUGUUGCUAUAUACACCGGAAUGGAAACUAAGAUGGCAUUAAAUUACAAGAGCAAGUCACAGAAACGAUCUGCAGUAGAAAAGUCAAUGAAUACAUUUUUGAUAAUUUAUCUAAUAAUCCUUAUUUCUGAAGCCAUCAUCAGUACUAUUUUGAAAUAUUCUUGGCAAGCUGAAGAAAAAUGGGAUGAACCUUGGUAUAACCAAAAAACAGAACAUCAGAGAAAUAGUAGUAAGAUUCUGAGAUUUAUUUCAGACUUCCUUGCUUUUUUGGUACUGUACAAUUUCAUCAUUCCAAUUUCAUUAUAUGUGACUGUUGAAAUGCAGAAAUUUCUUGGAUCAUUUUUUAUUGGCUGGGAUCUUGAUCUCUAUCAUGAAGAAUCAGAUCAGAAAGCUCAAGUCAAUACUUCAGAUCUGAAUGAAGAGCUUGGACAGGUAGAGUAUGUAUUUACAGAUAAAACCGGUACCCUGACAGAAAAUGAGAUGCAGUUUCGGGAAUGUUCAGUUAAUGGCAUAAAAUACCAAGAAGUCAAUGGUAGACUUGUGCCUGAAGGACCAACACCAGACUCUUCAGAAGGAAACUUACCUUAUCUUAAUAGUUUAUCCCCUAACAGCUUAUCUCAUUUUACAUCCAGUUCCUCUUUUAGACCCAGCCCUGAAAACGAAGCUGGACUAGUUAAAGAACAUGAUCUCUUCUUUAGAGCAGUCAGUCUCUGUCACACAGUACAGAUUAGCAGUGUUCAGACUGAUGGCAUUGGUGAUGGUCCCUGGCAGUCCAGCCUCUCACCCUCCCGGUUGGAAUACUACGCAUCCUCACCGGAUGAAAAGGCUCUAGUGGAAGCUGCUGCAAGAAUUGGCAUUGAAUUUAUUGGCAGUUCUGAAGAAACCAUGGAAGUUAAAACACUUGGAAAAUUGGAACGGUACAAACUGCUUCAUAUUCUGGAAUUUGAUUCAGAUCGUAGGAGAAUGAGUGUAAUUGUUCAGGCACCUUCAGGUGAGAAGUUUUUAUUUACUAAAGGAGCCGAAUCAUCAAUUCUUCCUAAUUGUAUAGGUGGAGAAAUAGAAAAAACCAGAAUUCAUGUAGAUGAAUUUGCUUUGAAAGGGCUAAGAACUCUGUGCAUAGCCUAUAGACAAUUUACAUCUAAAGAAUAUGAAGAAAUAGACAGGCGCCUAUUUGAAGCCAGGACAGCCUUGCAGCAACGGGAAGAGAAACUGGUAGAUGUCUUCCAGUUCAUAGAGAAAGACAUGAUAUUACUUGGAGCUACAGCAGUAGAAGACAGACUACAAGAUAAAGUUCGAGAAACAAUUGAAGCAUUGAGAAUGGCUGGUAUCAAAGUAUGGGUACUUACUGGAGAUAAACAUGAAACAGCUAUUAGUGUGAGUCUAUCAUGUGGACAUUUCCACAGAACCAUGAACAUCCUUGAACUUAUAAACCAGAAAUCAGACAGUGAAUGUGCUGAGCAGUUGAGGCAGCUUGCCAGAAGAAUUACAGAGGAUCAUGUGAUUCAGCAUGGGCUGGUUGUGGACGGGACCAGCCUAUCUCUUGCACUCAGGGAGCAUGAAAAACUAUUUAUGGAAGUUUGCAGAAAUUGCUCAGCUGUACUGUGCUGUCGCAUGGCACCAUUGCAGAAAGCAAAAGUCAUAAGACUGAUAAAAAUCUCACCUGAGAAACCUAUAACAUUGGCGGUUGGUGAUGGUGCUAAUGAUGUAAGCAUGAUACAAGAGGCACAUGUUGGCAUAGGAAUCAUGGGUAAAGAAGGAAGACAGGCAGCAAGAAACAGUGACUAUGCAAUAGCUAGAUUUAAAUUCCUCUCCAAAUUGCUUUUUGUUCAUGGUCAUUUUUAUUAUAUUAGAAUAGCAACCCUUGUACAGUAUUUUUUUUAUAAGAAUGUGUGCUUUAUCACACCCCAAUUUUUAUAUCAGUUCUUCUGUUUGUUUUCUCAGCAGACAUUGUAUGACAGUGUGUACCUGACUUUAUACAAUAUUUGUUUCACUUCCCUACCUAUUCUGAUAUAUAGUCUUUUGGAACAGCAUAUAGACCCUCAUGUAUUACAGAACAAGCCCACCCUCUAUCGAGACAUUAGUAGAAACUGUCACCUAAGCAUUAAAACAUUUCUUUACUGGACCAUCCUGGGUUUUAGUCAUGCCUUUAUUUUCUUUUUUGGAUCCUAUUUUCUAAUAGGGAAAGAUACAUCUCUGCUUGCAAAUGGCCAGAUGUUUGGAAACUGGACGUUUGGCACUUUGGUCUUUACAGUCAUGGUUAUUACAGUCACAGUAAAGAUGGCUUUAGAAACUCAUUUCUGGACCUGGAUCAAUCAUCUUGUUACCUGGGGAUCUAUUAUAUUUUAUUUCAUAUUUUCUUUGUUUUAUGGAGGUAUUCUCUGGCCAUUUUUAGGCUCCCAAAAUAUGUACUUUGUAUUUAUUCAGCUUCUAUCAAGUGGUUCUGUUUGGUUUGCCAUAAUUAUCAUGGUUGUUACAUGUGUAUUUCUUGAUAUUGUGAAGAAAGUAUUUGACCGACAGCUCCAUCCUACAAGUACUGAAAAAGCACAGAUGUACUCCAACACAGUUGCUUUAAGUGACGAAUUCAUCGCACUGCAGCCAUUGUCGAGUACAAGGAAUCAGCUGAGCAAACUUAGCUUACUGAAGCAAAUUCAAGUAUCAAGUGCUUGGACUCCAUGUGCUGUUUCUCAGAAGGAGAAACAGCAUGUGCAUCUGUUAGAAGAAUGCUGGAACGAAUAAUAGGAAGAUGUAGCCUGAGCCAUGUCAGCAGAUCAUGGAGUGCAUCGGACCCUUUCUAUACCAACGACAGGAGCAUCUUGACUCUCUCCACAAUGGACUCAUCUACUUGUUAAAAGGGCAUAGUAUUUUAUGGGAGCCAUUUCAACUCCUUUCCUAAAAUUCAGUUUGAUUAUCUUCUUAAUGGGCACACUAGCUCUGCAAAAUUACUCCCUGAAAUCUCUGGGGUAUAUCAUACCACUCAGAGUUGUAAUGGCAAACAAAAGGAAAUUGACAUGAACCCCUCCCAUAACCCCAAACAGUUUGAGUCUGAAUAUGGUAAAAUUUGUGAAUAAAGAGACAUUUUCAA